AUGGCACCAGUCCAGUCAAACAAAGACGAGAAGAUUGUAGUGCAGUAUGAGGAGGAGGUUGGGUCCAUCGACAAGCCCCUGCCUGAGAAGGCGGACUAUUCGGGUGCUGCAGCGAAGACAGACCCGGCGGAGAUUGCCCUGGUCAGGAAGCUCGACCGUUGGAUCAUGCCCAUGCUAUGGUCAAUGUACUGGCUGAACUAUCUUGAUCGCAACGCCAUCGCCCUUGCACGCCUUGAUGAUCUCGAGGAAGAUCUGGGGCUCUCAAGCACAGAAUAUCAGACUUGUAUCAGCAUCCUUUUUGUCGGCUACCUUCUCGGACAAAUCCCUUCCAACAUGUUCCUCACACGCACCAGGCCAAGCCACUACAUGGGCAUCGCCAUGAUGCUGUGGGCAGUUGUCAGCGCUCUAACGGCCGUGGUUAAGAACUUCCACGGGUUGCUCCUUGUCAGAUUCUUCCUCGGUGUAACAGAAGCUCCUUACUACCCUGGUGCCGUCUACCUGCUGAGCAUCUUCUACACUCGCAAGGAGAUCGCGACCCGUAUCGCGAUCCUCUAUACCGGCAAUAUUCUCGCGACUGCAUUCGCCGGUCUUAUUGCGGCAGGCAUUUUCCACGGCUUGGGCGAUGUAGCUGGCCUCUCCGGCUGGAAGUGGCUCUUUAUCCUUCAGGGCGCAGUCACCUUUGCCAUUGCCAUCGUUGGCUUCUUCUGUUUGCCAGAUACUCCCUUGACCACGAGGUGGUUAAAUCCAGAAGAACGCCAAUUGGCCCACGAUCGUAUGGAAAGGGACACUGUUGACAACCAAGGGCACUCAAGCACCUGGCAGGGCUUCAAGCAGGCGGCGGUUGACCCGAACGUGUGGCUUUUCGCCUUCAUGGCGCACAUGCACCUCGCUGCCAAUGGAUUCAAGAACUUUUUCCCGACAGUCGUGCAAACACUUGGCUUUAAUACCACGAUCACACUCGUCCUUACAUGCCCGCCGUACUUGAUUGCUGGAGCUAGCACUAUCCUGGUCAGCUGGUCGUCAGGAAGAAUGAACGAGCGCACUUGGCAUAUCACUAUCUCUAAAGCUGUGGCUGUCAUUGGCUUUGUUGGUGCUUGUGGGACCAUGAAUCUCGCCGGCCGCUACGUCUGCAUGGUUAUCUUCACUAUCGGCACCUAUGCCGUUAACUCCCUUAUCCUGGGAUGGUGCGGGUCCACAUGCGGUCAAACGAAGGAGAAGAAGGCUGUGGCUAUCAGUAUCGUCACUACUGUGAUGAAUGCAAGCUUCAUCUGGACUCCGUACUUGUGGCCCAAGUCGGAUUCACCGCGUUACGUCAUUGCUCUCUCCUCAAGUGCGGCGUUUUCUAUUGCUACGGCUAUGACUGCCUGGGUCGUCAAGUUCAUGAUGAUGCGCAAGAACAAGAAGCUGCGCCAGUCUGAGGACGAGGUCACCACUUUUUACGUUUAUUGA